AUGCGCUUCGCCACGUCCCUCGCCCUCCUCGCCCUGGCCACAGCCGGCCUCGCUCUCCCGGUCCAAACCCCAGCUGGAGCCUCCGCUGCAGUCGGCCGUCGACAGGUGUGCAACCCCUUCGACUGGCGCGACUGUACGUACAACAAAAGCACCCAACAGGCUGGCCCGGCUACUGGGGCCGGUGGUAGUGACGACAGCACCACCACCCACAGCACCGUAAACGACAGCAUCAUCGAACCCGAGCCCCCGGCUGCUGAACAUGCUGAACAUGUUGAGCAUGCUGGGCCGGCUCGUCGGCGGGUGAUUUGCAACCCUUUUGAGUGUUGA